AUGCGAUUUCUGCUGUUUCUAGCCAUUCUUGGGUCUGUUCAGGCCAGUGUCAACGUUCGGCUGAAGGCGACAUGGACGGAAACCGCGAUAAUUGGAGAAAUCGGUGAGGCGAUCGCGCAACAUGGUGAAGAUCAAUUUUGGAAAUUCGCAAAAUCGCUAGGCGACCGGGAUUUUCUCAAAUGGAGUCAACGUCAGAAAUACGAGUACGGAAUUGCGAAGGCGAGCGAGAUUUUGGGCAAUGACGAAGCGUUGGAUUUUCUCAAGUUGAGCACGUCGAUUCGCGAAUUCUCGCCGAUUUUGAGAGUGCACCAAUCGAUCGCUGACGGCUAUCCGGCUCCAUGUUUGCCAUUUUUGAUCUACAACAAUAAAACGCUUUGCGAUAUUAGCCAAUUGGCUGCUGUUGAUGGGGCGUUGAGUCCGAUGUUGCUCACACACGAGCACGUGAUCGACAAUGGAUGCAAUCGAAAGACGCACGACGUUGUUGUGAUGUAUGGAGAGCUCGGACGAUUGACGACGUCGAAAAUGAUGAACGCGGCGAAAAACAUCAGCGAGUUUUGUUUUGUCUUUCGACAUUUUUCAGAGGCGCGUGACUAUCCGGUAUCGCUUUCUGGCUAUGGUGUUGAACUCUCGCAAAAGAACACGGAAUACAAUGCGAUGGAUUCGGCGAAGAAGGCCGAUCAGCUCAAUGGAUUCGAUUUCGAUGUGUUGAGGGAUCAACAUGCGGAAUUUGCCGAAGACUUGAAAGCGUUUCGAGAAUAUUUGCAAAAAUUGGCGACGAAUGGAAAAGUGAGCAAAUGGCUGAUCAGCGGUGUUGGGUUGCAGGCGGCACGGAGUCUAGCCAAUGUCACGAAGACGGAGAUUUUGGCGAGAAUCGAGCAUCUCAGCCAGAAUUUUCCGAGUUAUUUCAAAUAUUUGGCUUAUCGCGAGAAUGUUGAACGAGCGUAUAAAGAGGAAAUUUCGGAUUUGCAUGAUUAUUUAGAGAAAUUUGAUGUUGCCGCUGGCUCGAAUGCUCUUUAUUUGAAUGGCAGAAAACUUGACAUUGAGCGAUUGGACAUUUUUGAGCUCAUGAAAGACAUACGACGAGAAAUGAAAUUGUCGAAGGCGCUUUUUGAUAAUGGAUUCAACGAUGAGAAGCGAAGCGAAUUGCUGCUGCCCACGAUUCCACUAAAGAAAUCGCUUCCGAAGUUUGGCUUGAAUUUCAUUGAGGCUCAGCCAUAUUUUAUCAACAAUGUUGAAAAGGAUUAUGCUUAUAUGCAUAUGGGAAAGAAUAUUGAUCAUCUGCUGUUUGCUCAUAGUGGAAUAAUUCCGCCGAUUGCGAAAAAUUUUUUGAAUUUGGUCGUAUUUAUCGAUCCGAUUGCGAUGGAUGGUAAAACUGUUCGAAUUGUCCACCAGAUUCACGCGAUGUUGAACGAUGGAGCCCCUAUUAGAGUCGGCUAUGUGUUCUAUUCGAAUGUCAAUGAGUCGAUAAGCGACACGAAUUGGCGUCUAAUUCAGAAAUUGAUACCAAAAAUCACGAAAGAAUACGUUGUAAAUAGUGUUGCGUAUGGCAACGAUUAUAUGGAAUCGCGUGGAAUUGGACGGCGAUUCGCGGUGCUUCUCAAUGGCUAUCUCAUUGAUGCGAACGAUCCGAAAGAUUUUAUGCAGAAUUUCGCCGUCGAACUUUGGCGCCAAAUUAGAUUGCUACAAAUUGCGAUUCAUGAUGGUCAUCUUAAAAGCUCUGAUAAUAUCGCCGAAUGGUGGGUCAAAAAUCCGAAUAUUGUUAAGCGAAUUAGUCCGAGAAUUGUUGAGGCAUUUGACAAGCAGGAGUUUAUUGAUUUGACGGAUCGUUCGGCGAGAGAAUUCCUUGACGAUUUGAAAUAUUUUAAAGAGCAUCGAAAUGCGGGUGUUACCAAUUUUGUUGUGGUCGAUUUUGAAACGAAAAUCGGCAUCGAGUUGGCGGUUGAGGCUUUGAAGGGGGCUGUUGAAGGCGAUGAGAAUGUGGUGUUGAUUCCGAAUCCCAAACAGGACACGACAAUUCCCGAUAUGAAUGUGAUUGUGUCGAUGAUUUGUCAACAUCUCGAGCCAUCGUCAUGGCUGAAGUUUGUCAACGCCACCGAUAAUGAGGAGCUGAAUGCGCGAUUCAAAGGUAUUGAGUUAAAUACGAUGGCUGUAAUGAAGUCGAUGAAGGACAGAAUUCGAUUUGUGCGCGCGAGAAGCGGAUUAGCGGCCGGCGAGAAUGCGAUCGUCUCGAAUUCGUUGAUUAUUCGCAAUUCAGACGGCCUUCGCGUUGAAGAUUUCAAGUUUUUGGCGAGAGUUUGGGAGAUGAAAGGAUCCAAGAAUCUUGCUGAACUUUCGACGAACAAUUAUUCUCCCAUCGUUUAUUCGCUUUUGGGCAAACAUUUGAGAGAUGAGAAGGUUGAGCGGGUUGCGUUCACCGGAUUGCCGGAAAGAAACAAUUGGGUUAUUGAGGAGAGGCAUAAGGAUCGCCCUUCGUUGCUUGUCACGUUUGUUGUGAAUCCGGCUUCGAAUGGGGCGCAACACGUGACGCCGAUGGUUCGAAUGAUUGAGGCGGUGACGAAUUCGAGGAUUCGCAUUGUUUUGAAUCCGUUGCUCGAGGUGACCGAUGAGCCGGUGAAACGAUUCUAUCGGUAUGCGAUUCGCAAGGAGCUCAAAUUUGAAAAGAAUGGAGAAAUUUCUGAUGUCGUCGCCAGAUUCGAAAAGUUGCCGAAAACUCAACUUUUCACAAUGUCGAUGAUUACCAAUGAAGCAUGGAUGGUUGAAUUGAAGCAAGCGAAACACGAUUUGGACAAUCUGAGGCUUGACUCGGUUGACGGCGACGUUCAGGCGGUCUACUCGCUGGAGCACGUUCUUCUCGUCGGCUCGUGCGUCGAGAAGGAUGAUCAACCGGCGGCGGGAUUGCAGUUUGCUCUCAAAUCGCCGACACAAUCGUUUGAUACGAUUGUGAUGAACAACUUUGGCUAUUUCCAAUUGAAGGCGAAUCCCGGCCGAUGGAAGUUGCAGAUUCGCGACGAGCUUGAUGAUCAUCGAUUUGUGAGCGUCGACGGCAAAAGGACGAACGCGACGGAAUUUGACGUUGUUGUUGACUCGUUUUCCGGCAAAUUUUUGAAUGUUGGAGUGGCGACGGCGAAGAAGGCGACGAAUGCGCAUGGCGGCGGUGUGUUGAAUCGAAUCACAUCAUUCUUUACCUCAUCGAACACCGCCGAGACGCCGACGAAUGAGGAGGAUGAGGUGGAGAAGGGGAAGGUGAUCAACGUGUUCUCGUUGGCAUCCGGACACCUCUAUGAGCGAUUCAUGCGAAUUAUGAUGGUUUCGGUGGCGAAGAACACGCAGAGCAAAGUGAAAUUUUGGCUGCUCAAAAAUUAUUUGUCGCCGCGAUUCAAGGACACCAUCUCGCAUUUGGCGAAAACCUAUGGAUUUGAGUACGAAUUUGUCGAGUACAAAUGGCCGAAAUGGUUGCCGCGACAAACUGAGAAGCAGAGGAUCAUGUGGGGCUAUAAGAUUUUGUUCCUCGACGUAAUGUUCCCGUUGGGUGUCGAGAAAAUCAUUUACGUUGAUGCCGAUCAAGUCGUACGAUCGGAUUUGCAAGAGCUUAUGGAUUUUGAUCUCGAGGGUGCUCCUUAUGGAUAUGUUCCGUUUUGCGAUAGUCGCGACGACAUGGAAGGAUUCCGUUUCUGGAAGAAAGGAUAUUGGCAGAAUACGCUGCGGGGACGGAAAUACCAUAUUAGUGCGCUCUAUGUGGUUGAUUUGAAGAGAUUCCGCGAAAUGUACGCCGGCGAUUUGAUUCGAGGGCAAUACUACGCGUUCUCGCAUGAUCCGAACAGUUUGGCGAAUUUGGAUCAAGAUCUACCGAACAGUUUGGUGGAUAUGGUUCCGAUCAAAUCGUUGCCGCAAAAUUGGCUGUGGUGCGAGACGUGGUGCGACGAUGCGAGUAAAGAAUCGGCGAAGACGAUUGAUUUGUGCAAUAAUCCGAAGACGAAAGAGCCGAAGUUGGAGUCGGCGAAGCGAAUUGUUGACGAAUGGCAGGAUUAUGAUAAGGAAGUUGAAGAGGCGGUGAAUGUUGAGACGAAACGACCAAUCGAUGAGUUGUAG